CCUUCCUAGACGGUGCUGACUGUGGAUUUCUUGCUGCCUCACACCGUCCUGUUGGAAGCACCAUGCUGCGUAGCGUGUUUUCUCGGGCUCUCCCCGGGCUCUACCGAUUCCCGGUGUGUCACUACUCUGCCGCUGCCAUCCCAUCACCGAACACUCAGCCUGAGGUUCACUAUAACAAGCUCUUCAUCAACAACCAAUGGCAGGAUGCAGUGAGUGGUAAAACCUUCCCUACGAUCAACCCGGCAACCGGUGAAGUCAUCUGUCAAGUUGCUGAGGCUGAUGAGGCGGAUGUGACCAAGGCAGUGAAAGCAGCGCGUGAUGCCUUCAAGCUAGGGUCACCAUGGCGACGGAUGGAUGCCUCACACCGUGGCUUGCUUCUCAGUCGAUUAGCUGAUGCUAUUGAGAGGGAUUCUGCCUACCUUGCUGAACUAGAGACGCUCGACAACGGGAAGCCAUAUGCUGUUGCCUACAGCGUGGACCUCCCCAAUGUGGUUAAAUGUCUCAGGUACUAUGCUGGCUGGGCUGAUAAAUGGGAGGGAAAGACCAUUCCCAUCGAUGGAGAUUUCUUCUGCUACACCAGACAUGAGCCCGUUGGAGUCUGUGGACAAAUCAUACCGUGGAACUUCCCGCUGUUGAUGCAGGCUUGGAAACUUGGGCCUGCUCUUGCAACUGGUAAUACUGUGGUGAUGAAAGUUGCCGAGCAGACACCGCUGACGGCACUCUAUGUAGCCAGCCUUAUUAAAGAGGUGGGUUUUCCAGAAGGCGUUGUGAAUAUCUUGCCUGGCAUGGGACCUUCUGCAGGUGCUGCCAUUGCUAGGCACAUGGAUGUUGACAAGGUGGCAUUCACUGGAUCCACAGAGGUAGGUCAUCUAAUUCAGCAGGCUUCAGGCAACAGCAACCUGAAGAAAGUUACACUUGAGCUGGGAGGAAAGAGUCCUAACAUCAUCCUGUCUGAUGCCAAUAUGGAGGAUGCUGUGGAGCAGUCCCAUUUUGCUUUGUUCUUCAACCAAGGCCAGUGUUGCUGUGCUGGCUCUCGAACUUAUGUCCAAGCAGACAUCUACAAUGAAUUUGUAGAGCGCAGCGUAGAGCGGGCUAAGAGACGUGUUGUGGGAAAUCCCUUUGACCUCAGCACUGAGCAGGGACCCCAGGUGGAUCAGGAGCAGUUCAACAAGAUUCUGGGCUAUAUCAGCAGUGGGAAGAGAGAGGGAGCCAAACUUAUGUGUGGAGGAGGAGUGGCUGCUGACAGAGGAUACUUUAUCCAGCCAACUGUCUUUGGAGAUGUUCAAGAUGACAUGACCAUUGCCAGGGAGGAGAUCUUUGGUCCAGUGAUGCAGAUUCUGAAGUUCAAAACACUGGAGGAGGUAGUGGAGAGAGCCAAUGAUACUAAAUAUGGUCUAGCGGCUGCUGUCUUUACUAAAGACAUUGACAAGGCUCACUAUGUCUCCAAUGGGCUCCGUGCUGGCACAGUCUGCCCUUUUCACACAGUGUUUAGCACCAGGGCUAACAGGGGGUUUAGACUCCUGUUAGCCCUGGCUGUCUUUAACGGGCUCUGCUCUAGGUUUUUAGCCUGUUAAGAGUGUUUAUUCCUCACUGCUGUCGCCCUGUGCUUGUUCUUGGGAGAUUUUGAUUCAUGCAAUUAGCCAAAAUCUGUUGGGUUUCUGUAAAGCGCCUUGAGAUAACUUCUGUUAUGAUUUGACACUAUACAAAUAACAUUGAGUUGAAUUGAAAAUUUAAUUGAAUUUCACACUUACAACUCACACCAUAUUCAGACAGGACACAUCAUGUCAAUUUUUGAGCAUCGUGGUUCCCUUACUGUUCACAUAUGAUCUGUCAUCGUGUAAAACAAGAACCAACAGAACCACCCUGUGACGGAACCAAUAGCUACCAACUAGCUGCCUUGACAUUACAACAUACAGCAUUACAACCUCUGUGCAAGCUAGUGACAGACUUACAGAUUACACAGAAGAAAUCACCAGUACAACAAAACAUCCUUCCUGGUAGGCUGGUGUUCAUCAAGGCUGAAAUUUUCCUCUAAACGUCCUCGUUCUUCAGUUUGUUACACAGAUCUUGAUCAUUCUCCACUUUGAUGAUCAGUCUUUCCUCAUCCGUUGUUUUGUUUACACUGUAUUUUCGGAAAGGAAAAAGUCAGACCUGCAGGGGGAAUUCCCGUAAACUGUUUAGCCUCAAAAAACAGAACAGACACAUCUGUUACUGCCAGACCGAAGUAAGCAUCAGUGUCAGGUAUUUGGUGGACACAAGUAUUGUGAACAGAUGCUAUUUAAUAUAGAAAAGAUUUUAGAAUUUACUGCUUGAUGUCUUGACUGAUGCAUGCUGUCUGAACAUGGUGUCAGAACGUGAACUAUCUCAACUCUUAGCCAAGGGCUAAUUGAACCCCACUCCACUGCAAGAUUAUUCUUUAUAUCUGGGAAUAUCCU